GGAGACCAGCUUCUUUCCCGAGUGUUCUGCCCACUUCUGUUCGUGUGCAUUUGCUUCCUUCUCUUCUCACACGUAGGUCAUGGCGACCGAAGCCCCAACGACCGCCGAGACGGCGCCCGAGGGCGCGGGCGUGGUGGCGCCGACCGAGACCGUUGAUCAGUAUGUCGGGGUGGAUCUCGGAACCAGCGGGUAUCGACUCUCGACGAUGCACGAGAAUGGCAGCGUCGACCUCCUUGUCAACAACCUCUCCGCUCGCACCACCCCCUUUGUCGUUGGCUUUAAGAACGAUUCGCGUUUGUUUGGCAAUGCUGCCGCCGACUCGGCCUCAACCAACUCUCGCAACACCAUCACCGACCUGCUGACGCGCGCCUCCGCCUCCGAUCAGGACCAGGCCACCAUCGAGGUGGAAUACGAAUGGGAUGGCCAGACUCGCCAUCAGUUUGACAUCACCCAGGCUCUCCUCUUCGCCUUUGAAGAGGUCACGCGCCGCGCUGCCGAGCUGCGCCAGCGCGCACAGGCCGCUGCCCAGAGCCAUCAAAGCGUUGUUCAGCACAUUUGCCUGGCCCUGCCCACCGCCAGCCCAGAGCUGCAUAACCGCGUGCAGACAGCCGUUCGGCUCGCCCAGCACCUCCAGGAGGGGGCUCAGCCGUGCCAGGUCCAUCUGAGCACUGCCAGCCAAGCGCUUCUGGCGGCUUAUUGCCACCGCUACAAGCUCACCAUCGAUGCCCCCCAAGAGGCUGCCCCGGCAACUGAUAACGACGCCGAGAGCGCAGACACCGUGGCCGCGCCCGCUCCGGCCAGCGAAGAUGAGCCAGCUGCUUCCGUGGUCGCCGUGGUGGAUGUGGGACAGGGCUUUGCCAACGCGAUCCUAAUUCAACGCACGGCCGACACGGCCAAGCUCCUGGCGGCCACCUCGGCCACGUUUGGUUGCCAAACCCUCGAUGAAGCCUGGUUCAACACCCUCAGCCAGGACAUCACGGCCAAGUACAAGGAACCUGUGCCGCGCGACUCGCGCAACGGCCUCCGCUUGCUGGACGCCUGCUGCCGAGCACGAACCGUGCUCAGCGCCAACAAUUCGACCGAUAUCGUCCUUGAAUGCUUUGGCGAGCGCGAGUGCGAUGUGGCCUUAAAGGUCCAACGCGAUGGUUUCAACGCCGCCUGCGCUGAUCGCAUGGCCCCCUUGGCCGCCAUUCUGGAAGAACUCCUCUCUUCUGCCAACCUCAGUGCAGCCGACAUUGAGGGUGUCGAACUGGUCGGUGGCGGCACCUGUGUACCCCUUGUCCAAAGCACCAUCGAGAGCGUUUUGGGUGAAGGCAAGCUACGCACCACGCUUGACCGUAGCCAUGCCGUGGCCAUUGGUACCGCUGUCCUGGCCUCCUGGAAGGCUGGUGAUAAUACUGAAGCACCAGACACCACUGCAGCAGCCGAACUUCAGAGCCACGAACAAGCCUGGCUCGAGGCCGAGCAGCGCAUGCGUGAGCAGGACGCCAACCUGCGCGCAAUUGGGGAGGCUCGCAAUCACCUCGAGGCCUUUCUAUUUGCCACCCGUCAGCGCCGAGAUGGACCCUUUGGAGACAAGUUCAACGCCGACGCCACUCUUCCACUCUUGGACUCGACUGAAGACUGGCUCUGGAGCGAGGAAGCCGAGGGCGCCACUUCGCCCGACGUUUACACUGCGCGUCAGACCCAGCUGGAGGAAGAGGUGCAAAAACUUAAUGCAGAGUAUUUUGCUGCCGUUGCCGCAGCCGAGGCAGAAAAGGCGGCCAAGGAGGCGGCUGAACGGGCACAAUGGGAAGCCGAGGCAGCAGCGCAGGGCGAGAGCGGCGAUGAUGCUUUGAAGCACGAUACGAGAAAGCUGAAAAAGGCCGACCGCAUGCGCCUCGUCCUCAGGAACAAAGACGAGGCAGCCGAGCUGUACAAGGGUGGCAACUACGCCCAUGCCAUGGCCCGUUAUCAAAAGGCCCUCUUGCACUGUGAUCAGUUUUUCGACCUCAGCGAUGAGGAUAAGGCCGAGGUGGCCACCCUCAAGGCCACGCUGUACUUGAACAUUGCCAUGUGCAACAGCCAACAAUCAUCGUGGAAAAAGGCCAAAGCCAAUUGCGAGACGAGCCUGGAGCUCAACCCGCAAAAUCACAAGGCCUACUACCGUUUGGCCGUGGUGUAUGAGAAUUUGAAGGACUAUCAGGAGGCACUCAAGGCCGUGGGCAAGGGUCUGGCCCUGGAACCCGAGAACGAGGCGCUGACCAAGCUUGAGACGCGCCUCAAAGCUAAGGAGGCCAAGGCGCGUGCUCAAGAAAAGAAGAUGUAUGCCAAGAUGUUUGGCUAACUUGAGUGCAUGGCCCAGGGGACUGUAGAACGUGCGGGCACUGCCACAGCUGGAGCAACGGCACACAAAUGCACACACGUGUCAAGUAGUGAGUCAAUUGACUGAUCAGAUCACG